ACCGCUCUCUGCAGAGACUUCCAGUCUGACUUAUAAUAUAGCUAUCUAUUUCUCCAUCUCUUUAGAGAAAUUAAACUAUACCAGUCAAUUUGAGUUCUCACAUGACUGUUUAGCAGAUGCCUUUUAUUGGUGUUUGCUUCAAUUCUAGUCAAAGAUUGACUGACAUUUUCUUUCUAGCCAUCAAGGCAAAGGUGGUUUCAAAGGCGACGGCCAGUGAAUUGAAGUACGACAUCACGUAUGACAUCAAACUGACCAAGAUAUUGAAAGGUCCUAUCAGGCACUAUGAUACCAUCUGCACUGCAGCCUCCUCUGCAGCAUGUGGUGUGACUCUGAACAAAGGUGUAGAAUAUUUCAUCACAGGCCAACUGAAGCCUGACGGGUCGCUGCGUGUUUCAUCCUGUAAUUACGUUGUACCCUGGGAGAGCAGCCAUGAUAUCCUGGUAGAACACUUUAUGAUGGGCUGUGAUUGCAAGAUCACUCGCUGCUCCUCUGUGCCGUGCGGGAUCGGCAGCCCAACUGAGUGCUUGUGGACAAAUACAAUUGACGAGCAGGACAAACAAUCUGCUUGCAUCAAGAAAAGUGAUGGUUCUUGUUCCUGGUACAGGGAGGAACCUAAUGGCAAUUAAAGACCCUAAACUCUCAAGCAGAAAA